AUGGCUCCCUCCCUCGAGGAGUCGACUCACUCCGAGUCUCAGAUCAAGUCUGAGAACAAGCAGUCCGUCAAGGUGCUUGAGGAGCUGAUGUCAAAGCUGUCCGUGUCCAAGAGCGCAGACGAGGCGAAGGGCACCGCGCAGGAACUGGCCGUCUUUAUCAACGGCGACAUCGAAGAGAAGGAUGCUCCUACGAAGGCGGUUGAGUCUCUUAGAAAGAUGCUCAACAAUAAGAAGGACGCCAACGCCCGGCAGGUGGCCUGCGAGACCAUCGCCAUCGUCGCGCAGCACUCCGAUAUCUCGCCAACUGUCGAGCCAUACCUGGUGCAACUCCUGCCGAACGUUCUUUCAGCCGUUGGCGACAAGAUGAACCCGGUCAAGAUCGCAGCACAGAGCGCAGCCAUUGCAAUCACCAAGGCGGCGAACGCCAACGCGGUGAAGGUCGUCAUUCCUCACUUUAUCCACUCGAUCCGCAACGCCCAGAAAUGGCCCGAGAAGAUGACCGAUUUGGAGUGCAUCGAGACUCUCUGCGACAGCGCCCCAGCUCAGACCGGUCUCCGUGUGCCAGAUCUCCUUCCCGUCGUCUCCGAGGCGAUGUGGGACACCAAGCCCGAGGUGAAGAAGAGGGCAUAUGUCACCAUGGAGAAGCUGUGCGAGCUCAUCUCCAACAAGGAUAUCGACCGAUUCAUUCCGGAGCUCAUCAAGUGUAUCGCCAAGCCAGAGAACGUCCCAGAGACUGUUCACUUACUUGGCGCCACCACCUUCGUCACCGACGUCCACGAGCCCACUUUGGCCAUCAUGGUCCCACUUCUCGAGCGUGGUCUCAAGGAGCGUGAGACUGCCAUCAAGCGAAAGUCCGCCGUGAUCGUCGACAACAUGUGCAAGCUGGUCGAGGACCCACAGAUUGUUGCUGCUUUCUUGCCACGCCUGAUGCCGCAGCUCGAGCACAACUUCAGCAACUUGGCCGACCCCGAGGCUCGCGAGAAGACGAAGCAGGGUCUCGAGACUCUUACUCGUGUUGGUGAUGUCAAGGACGGCAAGAUCCCAGAGGUCUCGCGUGUUGGCGACAUCGACACUGUGUUCGCAAAGCUCAAGGAUAUUGUGGGCGGCGAUGUCGCCACCAAGUUUGAGCCCAUUCUUACCUACAUGGCUGCGAUCGGCGGUCAGCUCAUCGACGAGAAGGACAGCGACAACACGACCUGGACUCUCGCUCUUUCGAAGUACAUGAACGCGAUCGUUGGCGAAGAGAAGGGCACUGGCUUGGUCGAUACUCUGCGCAAGCGCGCCUCCCCACUCGCUGCCGACGAGGACGAGGUCGAACCAGACGAAGAGGAGGGCGAGGACCUGUGCAACUGCACGUUCAACUUGGCCUACGGUGCUAAGAUCCUGCUGAACCAGACGCACCUGCGCCUCAAGCGUGGUCAGCGUUACGGUCUGCUCGGCCCCAAUGGCUCUGGCAAGACGACACUCAUGCGCGCCAUCAACAACGAGCAGGUCGAGGGCUUCCCUAAGCAGAACGAGGUCAAGACUGUCUACGUCGAGCACGAUCUGGAUGCUGCGGACACCGAGAUGACGGUGCUCCAGUGGACCCAGAUGAAGCUCAAGCAGGCCGAGUUGAAACUUUCAGACGACGAAGUCAAGAACACGCUCAUCGAGUUCGGUUUCGUGGAAGAGCAGCUCAUGGGCCCAAUCACCUCCCUUUCCGGUGGCUGGAAGAUGAAGUUAGCCCUCGCCCGCGCUGUGUUCGAGAAGCCCGACAUCCUCCUCCUGGAUGAGCCGACCAACCACUUGGACGUGAAGAACGUCAAGUGGCUCGAGGACUACCUCACCACAUCUCCCUGCACCUCGAUCAUCAUCUCGCACGACAGCACGUUCCUCGACCACGUCGUCCAGCACGUGAUUCACUACGAGCGCUACAAGCUCAAGCGGUACCGUGGCUCGCUCAGCGAGUUUGUAAAGCGUGUGCCAUCCGCCAAGUCUUACUACGAGCUCGGUGCCUCCGAUAUGGAGUUCAGAUUCCCCGAGCCCGGUUUCCUCGAGGGUGUCAAGACCAAAGCCAAGGCCAUCAUCCGUGUCUCGAACAUGACCUUCCAGUAUCCCGGCACCGCGAAGCCACAGAUUCAAGACAUCACCUUCCAGUGUUCGCUCGGCUCGCGUAUCGCUGUCAUUGGUCCCAACGGUGCCGGCAAGUCGACUCUUGUCAACGUUCUGACUGGCGAGCUCAUCCCGACUUCUGGUGAUGUCUACCAGCACGAGAACAUCCGUAUUGCGUACAUCAAGCAGCACGCUUUCGCUCACAUCGAUCACCACCUUGACAAGACUCCGUCCGAGUACAUCCAGUGGCGCUUCCAGACCGGCGAGGACCGUGAGACCAUGGAUCGUGCCAACAAGAUUGUCACUGACGAGGACAAGAAUGCGCAAGAGAAGAUCUACAGGAUUGAUGGCUCGCAGCGCAAAGUCAUUGGCAUCCACUCGCGUAGAAAGCUCAAGAACUCUUACGAGUACGAGUGUUCGUUCUCGCUGGGCGAGAACGUCGGCAUGAAGAACGAGAAGUGGACCCCGAUGAUGACCAACGAGAACCAAUACCUCCCGCGUACCGAGCUCAUCCAGUCGCAUCAGAAGAUGGUGGCCGACGUCGACCAGAAGGAGGCCCUUGCCAGCGGUCAAUUCCGCCCGCUCGUUCGCAAGGAGAUUGAGGCCCACUGCGCCAACUUUGGCCUCGACGCCGAGCUCAUCUCGCACUCCCGCAUGCGCGGUCUCUCCGGUGGCCAGCGUGUCAAGGUCGUGCUCGCCGCCUGCUCGUGGCAGCGUCCUCAUCUGAUCGUGCUCGACGAGCCGACCAACUACCUCGACCGUGACUCCCUGGGUGCUCUGUCCAAGGCGCUGAAGUCGUUCGAGGGUGGUGUCAUCAUCAUCACGCAUUCCGCCGAGUUCACCAAGGACUUGACCGAGGAAGUGUGGGCUGUCAUGGACGGUCGCAUGACGCCUUCCGGCCACAACUGGGUGCAGGGUCAAGGUGCUGGGCCUAGGCUGAAGGGUGACGAGGAGGAGGAGGAGAAGUUCGACGCGAUGGGCAACAAGAUCGAGUCGACGAAGAAGGCGAAGAAGCUGACGAGUGCCGAGCUGCGCAAGAAGAAGAAGGCGCGCAUGGCCCGCAGGAAGGCAGGCGAGGAGGUCUUCUCCGAUGAGGACGACUAG